UAAAAUGCAAAUCAAUCUCGCCAAAUUAAGACUUCCGUUGGAAAGAAAAUGUCAACGUCAAAAAUGAUAUAACUGUCAUUAGACAUGCAGGAUGGAUGACAUAAACUCUUUUAUAUUGUUUACGUUCUUAUAUGUUUUCUUCAGUGCGUUAUUCGUUGCUCCACCCACAGAGUUUAUUUCUGCCGGUCUAACAAUCCAGAAUGUGUUAUCCGGCUACCUAGGCAGUGAAGAUAUUGCCUUCAUUUACUUUCACAUCAGACGGACGUCUGCGACUUUAAUAUUUCAUAGUUUAAUUCCACUAGGUUACUACUUAACGCUAGGGUUGUUUGCCCCACAGCUGCAACUUUUUGUUCCGUGGGCUGCUUCAUCAUGGUGUCAGACAUACCUUGGACUCUCAAUAGGAAUCAUAUUAUUUGCCGUAUUAAUAGUCCUGUAUUGGUCGUCAAAUGACUGGGACAAUCACCCUAUAGCUAAACAACUGGAAUUACUCCGUGAACCCAAUAGCAACUGGAGAUCUGUUGCAGCUGCAGUGAAUUUGGAAUUUCGUAGAAUAGAUAAGUUUACAUCCGGAUCUCCUACUGGCAGAAGAAUAAUUGUCACAGACUCAUGGGUGAUGAAGACUUCAACAUACUUUGUUUUUGUAGCUCAUCAAAGUAAUAUUGUAUUGAGCCUUGCCAGAUCAGAGGAGCACAAUAUAUCAUAUGAGAACAUGACAUCAGUUCAAUUUAUUCACAUUGAGGUGAAACGAGUUCAUGAACAUUUAUCACCAUUUACAUUAAGAUUAAAUGCCUUAGACUACAAAGACUUGAAGGAAAAGCUACAGACUCCAGUGCGAAAUGCUCAGCAAAUUGUGAUAAGACAGACACUGAGUGAACAGUUUCUGCAUGCAUUUGCAGAGGAGAUUUCUAUAAACCAGCCAUUUCAUCCCCCACCAGGAAUGGAGGUUGACACAUGCAUUGGCUGCAUGCAGAAACAGGCAGAUAUCAAACUACACAAGACCUGCAUGCCGGCUGUUGAUGAGGCAGCCCUGGGGGAGGGGGACAGGUGUGUUCAGUGCUACUGUCGCCCCAUGUGGUGCCUGGAGUGCAUGGGCAAGUGGUUUGCCAGUCGCCAGGACCAGGCCAGGCCAGACACAUGGCUGGCCAGUAAAUGUCAGUGUCCCACGUGCAGGGCUGUGUUCUGUAUGCUGGAUGUGUGCAAGAUUGUUCUCGCAUAGUGUUGUUGUUUUUUAUGCCCCCCUUCGAAGAAGAGGGGGUCCCCUUCGAAGAAGAGGGGGUAUAUUGCUUUGCUCAUGUCGGUCGGUAGGUCGGUCGGUCCGUCCACCAGGUGGUUUCCGGAUGAUAACUCAAGAAUGCUUGGGGCUAGGAUCAUGAAACUUCAUAGGUACAUUGAUCAUGACUCGCAGAUGACCCCUAUUGAUUUUGAGGUCACUAGGUCAAAGGUCAAGGUCACAGGUGAAGGUCACAGUUACUGGAAAUAGGCAUUAUAAAUUUAUAAGGAUUUAGCAUAGUUCAAACAAGGGAAACAACUACAGUUUAUGCAUGUUCUUUUUAUUACAGAUUUGCCUCCCUUUAAUUCAUUCAAAAUCUAAUUUUACAGCAGAGAUUCCAAAUCUGACCUGUAAAUGAGCCCCAUAUUUACUGCCAGUGCUAGGUUACCUUUUCCCAUUUGAUCAUUCUUAAGUAUUGGUAUUGUAAUGCUGCUACUGCUGCUGCUACUGCUAUUACUACUACUACUACUACUGCUACUGCUACUACUACUACUACUACUACUACUACUACUUCUACUACUACUACUACUACUACUACUACUACUACUACUACUACUACUACUACUGCAUUUGCCUCCCUUGUAAUAUAUUUAAAUUUUACCAAAUGUAAGGCUUACUGCAUUUUUGUAAUGCAUACUACUACUACUACUACUACUACUACUACUACUACUGCUACUGCUGCUGCUGCUACUGCAGCUGCUGCUGCUGCUGCUGCUACUACUACUACUACUACUAUCUACUACUACUACUACUACUACUACUUCUACUAUUACUACUACUACUACUACUACUACUACUACUACUACUACUACUACUACUACUACUACUACUCUACUACUGCUACUGCUACGACUACUACUACUUCUACUGCUUCUACUACUACUACUGCUACUACUGCUGCUACUACUACUACUACUACUACUACUACUACUACUACUACUACUACUACUACUACUAUUACUACUACUACUACUACUACUACUACUACUACUACUACUACUACUACUACUACUACUACUACUACUACUACUACUACUACUUCUACUACUGCUACUACUACUACUACUACUACUACUACUACUACUACUUCUACUACUAUUAUUUACUAUAUAGCCUUUCAUCAUGCAUAGAUUAUUGUACAAGUAGUACUGCUUUGUACGUUGUUAAAUAUUAUAUGUUAAAGCAUAAAAGAAACAUUAAAUGGGUGGAUUUGGUCAGCUGUAUUGGGAGGAGGAGGCUGAAUAUGUCCUGAAAUUAGUCAGUGAAAACCAAGAUUUGGUCAGGGACAAGUCAGUGAAAAGUCAGGGAAUUUUAUUUCAUCAGGUGGGUGGCAACCCUGAUAAACUACAUAGCAACUUCAUAUUUUGCUUACUGGCAUUGUAUUUCUCAAAUAAAUCUUGUUUUCAUUUAGACAAACUUUUGAAAAUUGAUGAUUGACAAGUUCUUGCCUCUGGAUGUGAAACGUUUUUACAGUGCUAAUCAAGCAUUUUGAAAUUGAAAUUACAGAAAAAAUGCGAUGUUUUUGAUUUUUUAACAGUAUUUCCUUUUCAAUAGCUUCUCUUGUGUCAAGUUUAUGGUAAAUUUAUCCAGUAAAAGAGUUAAACAUUCAGGCAAAAGUCUUCAAUGUUUCUUGAAACAUAUUCUUCUCUUAUGAUGUGUUUUCUGUACCUGCAAACGUUAAGUCUUCUGCAAAAAACAACAAUAUUCAUUUAAGCAGCCAAAAUCAUUUGUAGUGCUGGCUUGAACUAGCCCAGAGCUGCAACUAUUUGAAGUGUGGCACAAACAUUGUGAUCAAUGCAAAAUUUAGGAGACUGAGAAGGAAUGCAUUACAUGUAAUAUGAUUUAAACAUUUAACGCAGGAUGGGUCUUGUUGGGAACACUCAUACAAGUUUGGCGCAAGUGAUGAAUCAGAUGAAUUGUCAAGCUGAUUAAUAUACAAAUUCUGUAAUUGAAUCAAUGUAUGUUAAUAUAAUUAUAUGAUUAUGUAUUAUUUAAAUUUGUUUUAUUGCUCAUAUAUAUUUUAUGUUUACUUGUUCAAAAUGUACAUGUAUUGAACAUAAAUUGUGUUUUAUGAAUUAAAUAAUUUAUUAAACAAAUUAACCUCUAUGAACAAAAAUUGUUGUAUCUUUUUCAAACGAAAAAUUGUUUGUGAAAAAUAACUGAGGUUUUUAUAUGCAUGUGGAAUAGAAUAAUAUUUUUUCUUUGUAUCCUCAACCAAUUACUUUAUUGGUGUAGUACUGUAUUAUCUAAUGUAUUUGAGAAAUAUAUUUCAAACAAGGUAA